UGCGUCUUACUUGGAGUACAGCGGCAGUGUCGGUGAACAGUCAACAUUGAUUUUUCCUGUCAAAUCGCCUUGGUAAAGCGGAACAAAGGGAACUUUCAGAUUUGUGGAGACUUUAAAGUUCACAAUUUUUCAACACUCAGGUAUGGCUUCUCGAGGCCCAUCACCGCUUUCACAACCUGGAAGUCAGACCCAGUCUGGUACCCCAGGAGGUCCGUUAGGCGCCUCUCCAGCAGCGGGCAGUGCGGUGGCCAGUCAGCAACCGCAGGCCGCGCAGCCGUCUCAACAAUCACAACAAUCGCAGAUAGAUUUGGACCCCAUCGCUAAAGUGAAGUCGUUGGUUCCACAUUUAAAAGAAUCACUGUCGAACUUGAUGAGGGUCUCUGCAUUGAACUUCCACUAUUCAGCAUUGAUUGACAAUGCUUCACCGAAAGCAAGUGAUGCCUCCAUUCAAAGAUUUGACAAAAGCUUGGAGGAAUUCUACUCAAUCUGUGAUCAGGUAGAAGUAAACUUGAGGUUAUCCUUGGACUGUUCCAACGAGUAUGUGGACAGCAUUCGCCACACCCCUCUCCCAAUGUCCACCUCCAAGUCCGAGCCCACUAACAGCGGGGAGAGUCAAACCUACUCCCAGUAUGUCUCCACAGUCAAGUCCCAGAUUUCGUACGCCAAGGAGGUCCACGACGCCCUUUUGGAAUGUUCCAGUAAGAUAGGGGAAGGCAAGACGUAAAUCUCGGACUAAGUGAUUCCAUUGCUGACUUUACUUCCCUGCAUCGUCGUGGGUUGGAUGUUUGGCCAUGUUGAAUCUCGUGGAUAGAGAAGGAGAUGCUGUCUAGGUGUCAUCAAUUACAACUACAUGUACAUGGGAAAAUAGCCAUAGUUGUAGUUGUGGGAGACGAUUCGACAUGGCUUUGUGAUCCUGGUUCUCGGUCGAAUCAGGCUGGUUUCCUUAGAAUGCUCAGUUUAAAGUGACCUUCACGAGUCAGAGGACCAGACUCGGAUGGCUGCAGCUUAAGAAGCUCAUACACUAUAUGAACUGACUAAGACUAAAUAAAACCAAACUCACCUGGUUCUUUUUCGAACCACCUCUCUCUUUAGAAUCAGUGUCUUCAUGUGGAGUUAUAAGCAAACAACCAAGUAAGACUUGGAAGUUAAUUUUACAGAUUGAGCAUACCACGCUGUGACAAGUCAUCAUUGCCUGACCCUUUAGACUAUUGAUUAAAAGACCAUUCUCCUAAGAGGAAUUGAUAUCACGAGAUCGAGUAGUAAUCUAUAGGAUUCUGGAUGCGUACAUGUACGUGUAUUUCAGUGCCAUUUUAACCUCACUGAUCACAUUAUGACCUAACUUUUUUCCCCAAGAUGGCGGAUAGAUUCUUCAAUUUUCUUGACUAUUUUGCUAAUACAAAAUUGUGUCCAAAGGAGUCAUAACCCUUUCUACCGGUACAUUGCGAUUAUUUUGUUGGAAACAAAUACAAAGACAAUACGGCCUAUAUUGACAAUAUAGCAAAUUUAUGAAUAAAAAAAGCGGACAUUUCUUUUGAUUUGAUAUUGAUAUCUUUUGCAUCGUUUUUAUUAUGUAAGUAAUCGAACAAGUUGAGGAGAUUCAAUUUGGUGUCCCUAAUGAAAGGUUAAACAAUGAACUACGUAUGCGCUAAGAGCCGACUUCCACCUUGUUUUUAAAUUAUCUUGUUUAGCACCGGUCGCAAGUUGCCAACCUAUUUCAACUUGAAAAGUUUCUUGAAAGCAAGAGGGCGCCAUUCAAUUCCCAUGCAGUUGAUACAAAGGCCAUUUUCCAUAUCUCGGCUUCGUCGCAGGUUGGGCUUUUCUGACUCUAGAA